AUGUGGAAGACUCUCGUGAGUCAUUACGAUGAGGUUUCGAACACGACAAGGCAAGCUGCAUUGGAAGCGUAUAAUGAUUAUCAUUGGAAAGAGGAUAUGACCGUAGACGUCAUAUAUUUCGGGACUUAUGCUCAUAGAAAACAAGCUCAAGGUCUACCGCAAAAAUUUGAAAAUUUCAAGCAAGUAUGGCGGAUUUGUCCCACGAAGGACAUUACGGUGGAACAAUUGCAAGCAAAGUUACUAGAUGUCGAACGCGAUGUUGGAGCAACGCCAUCUGGAAACCACGGUGUAGCACUAUCGGGUCAGAAAGAUCGCGAUGAUAAAAGCAAGAAGAAAGCUGUUUGUAAAAAGGAUAGGAAGAAGCUGCAGUGUCAUAAUUGCAAAGGCUUUGGACAUUUUGCUCGCGACUGUCCAUCUGAGAAGAAAGAUAAGAGCUCAGGAGGAAGUUCGUCUGAUAAUCGAGCAUUGAAUCCCCCGGAAGAAGUAAAAGUGGGCGACGGCAGGAUUCUAAAGGCUACAGCUAUCGGUAAAAUAAAUGUAAAAGUCCAUGAUGGAGAAAAAUGGGUACCACGAUGUCUCAAGGAUGUAAGAUUAGUUCCUGAUUUUGGGCCGCUCAAUCUUUUCUCUAUUGUAGCCACGACCGACAUGGGCUAUGAAGCGCAUUUCAGUAAGUCAACGGUGGUGGUUAAGAAUUCAGAAGGCGACGUUAUUGUCCGUGGUGUCAAGAAAGGACAUUCGACGUAUCGAAUGUUAAUCAAAGUAGAGAAACCGGCUGAAGCUUGUGUUGUUCAGAAGGAGGUCUCUGCGUCAUGGGACUUGGCAUCGCAGACUUGGACAUGCAGGAAAGGACAAAGUAAAAGAGCUGCUGAAAUCUAA